UUACAAAUUAUCUGCAGACGCUUUAAACUACACGUCUUAUGAAAAUCGUCUACAAUAGAUAAUUCACACAAGAUUGUCACGGCGGAGAUUAUGAAGAGUGGCUGUGUUGGGUCAGGUAGAAGUUUCAUCCGCGCGAGGAAUUGGCGUGAUAUUUAGAAACUAUUCAGUGAAGGCAAAACUUUGACCGGACCACUAAGGAAUAUGUAUUAUUUGAAGUUUACGCGGCGGAUUUUGUGAGUAAAGAAUGGGUUUACUGACUGAUCCAGGUGCUGGGCAUGGGAGGCUCACUCAGCUCUUGGUCACCUAUCACAACAAAUUGAUUAUUUUAUUAUACAUUGGAGGAGUACUGUGGUUUAUGAUUUUAGCGCACAAACAUUUUAAUGCAGGUACAUAUUUUUCUGAAAAUGCACUUCUUCCUGGACUUGUGAAAGGUGAAUUUGAUGAAGAUGCAAUAGCUAAGGUGUAUCAAUCUGAGCUUCUGGAUGAGGCAGCCAAAUAUCCUAAUGGAGUGCCAUACUCUUGGCUGAUUGCCAAGUUUCGGCAACUUAAUCUUGAUACGUACACCCACAACUUCACACUCACCUAUCCAUUAGGAUUGGGAAACAAAUUUACUGGGAAGAAUGUAUAUGCAAUUCUUCGUGCUCCCCGGAGUUCAAGCACUGAGGCAUUGGUUCUGAGUGUACCGUACCGGCCACCGAGCAGUGUUAAUCCUGGCACUGCUCCAUCUAUAGCAAUCAUGCUUGCUGUUGCAAAGUUCUUCAGACGUCAGAAAUACUGGGCAAAAGAUGUGAUCUUUCUGGUGACUGAACACGAGCAGUUGGGAGUGCAAGCAUGGCUUGAGGCUUACCAUAAAGUUACCUGUGGGAGAAGUGGUGUGCUUGAUCAUGGUGAUAUGAUGGGUAGGGGUGGAGCAAUACAGGCUGCCAUAAACCUGGAACUUCAUGCUGAAAAGAUAGGUCACAUUGAUGUGAAAAUUGAGGGUUUGAAUGGUCAGUUACCGAACUUGGAUCUGGUGAACUUGGUACACAGGAUGUGUUCCAAAGAGGGUGUCAAACAUACAUUCAAAAAUAGGGAGAGUGGUAACUACAGAGACUGGUAUAGAGAGUGGCUUCAUUCAUUCAAGACAUUAAUGGCAAUGGUUGCAACACAAGCAUCUGGCGUUCCUAAUGGGAAUCAUGGUCUGUUCCAUAGGUUUGGUAUUGAGGCUGUGACUUUGGAAGGUUUUGAAAAGAAGGGGAAAGGUAGUCCAGCUCUUUAUUUCCAGGUAGGGCGUGUGCUUGAAGGGUUAUUUCGGAGUUUAAAUAACCUGCUGGAACGUUUCCAUCAGUCAUAUUUCUUCUAUCUUCUGCCUGCUGCUGACAGAUUCAUCUCUAUAGGUAUGUAUAUGCCACCUCUUGGGUUGAUUUGUGCUGGUUUAGUAAUUAAAGCAUUUGCCCUGUGGCUAAAAAUGCAAGAGGAUUCAACUAAAAAGCAGCCUGCAGAAAAUGAGGACACUGAAGAAGAUAAGAGUAAACUUAGCAAUCAGGAUUCAACAAACAAUUUCAGCUUAGUCCCUGUGGGAGUGACUGUUCUAGCAGCUCAUUCUGUCAGUAUAGUCAUGUUGUCUUCCCCUCAGAAACUUAAUGCACUGGGUCUUAAGUUUGGAUUGUCGACUCCACUAGCUUUAUACGCGGGAUACUUUAUUAUGACUCUGUUAAUGUCUAUUCUUCCACUGUUUGCUUGCAGGCAUAUUGGAAGAACAGUGGAAAGUCGAAGUAUCUUCAACAUUGUUGCAUUACUGGAACUGGCUACAAUUUUGCUGUGUACAUCAAUGCAAAACUUUUCUUUGGCUCUUCUCAGUGCUGUUGUGUAUGUUCCUUCUGGUUUAUUAAUGGUUCCAACACAAAACAGGAUCCUGACUAUACUUCAGAAAAUAUUAUGGGUGUUUUUGCAUCCCCUAUGGUUGCUGAUCAUUGUUGUGCUGUUUCACACUACACUGACAUUUCCAGACGAGUCAGUUCUUGUACUUUCAGAAAUGGGUAUGCGUGCUGUGCUCAAGGCACUGGUUUUUGCAGUGGUUGAUAGCUAUAUUUAUGCAAACUGGCUGUUUCCAGUUGCUACUGCCAUUCUUCUUCCAAACUGGAUACUGUUUUGGAUUGUAUUACAUAAUAGUCCUUACCAGGAAAAAAAAGAAGAAAAAAAUGAAGACUGACAAAAGAAAAACUCAGUGAAGGUGACAGUAUAUUUGUGUAUGAAUUUACUCAAAGUGAAAUUAGAUCAAAUCUAUUAAAUUUCCAAUGUUGGUGUAAUUACUUACACUGAUUGCAUUUUAUAGGUUUGAAGAUAGGUCAAUGAGAUUGCCUGAAAUUUUUAUGAGAGAAGAAAAGUGAAUUGUAACCAUUAUUAAUGGUGUAUUGUCUACAGAGGUUUGUAGUUUUGAUGAAAAAUUAGAAUGAUCCUAGAUUGUGAGCUAACCAGAGGAUAUUAACACAUUGUAUAAUGGAUGUGAGUACCUCAUGGUACAUUCUGUACUUGGACAUUUAAUUAAACUACAUAAAUGCUAUACAUUUAUGAAA